AUUGAAGUAAAGCAAUAUGUCUACUACAUCACUAAAACACAGAAACUUUGUCGCUGAACCUAUGGGGGAAAAGCCUGUAACAGAUUUAGCUGGCAUAGGAGAUGUUCUGGGGAAACGUCUAGAAGCCAAGGGUUUUGAUAAAGGAUAUGUCGUCCUGGGGCAGUUUCUGCUUCUAAAGAAGAAUAAGGAUCUGUUCGUUGAGUGGUUAAAGGAAUUGGCAGGAGCCAAUACUAAGCAGGCCACCGAUUGCUACCAGUGUCUCUCUGAUUGGUGUGAUGAGUUUGUCUAAUCUAUUUCU